GCCGGCAUGACGGCGGCACUCCCGGCGGUCUCCUCCGUGUGCGAUCCUCGGCUUGGCCUCGGCUUCUUUGCCUCCGCGCAGGAUGCGGCUGCUGUUCGCUCUCCUGGCCCUGGCCGCGGCCCGGCCCUUGGCCCGCGCAGAGUCACACUGGUGCUACGAGAUUCAAGCCAAGGCCUCCAAUUACACCUGCUUGGCGCCGAACCGAUGGGGUGAAUACUGCCAGAGCAGCCAUCAGUCCCCCAUCGACAUUGUCACCAGCAAGGUGCAGGUGAACCACAGCCUGGGGCCCUUCUCCUUCUCUGGCUAUGACAAGAAGCAUGAGUGGACUGUCCAAAACAAUGGGCACACAGUGAUGGUGUUGCUGGGGGAUGAGGCCACAGUUGCAGGAGGAGGACUAGCCACCCGCUACCGGGCCAAGCAGCUGCACCUGCACUGGUCUGAGGUGCUGGAUGAGGGGUCGGAGCACAGCCUUGAUGGGGACCGCUUUGCCAUGGAGAUACACAUAGUACAUGAGAAAGAGAAUGGGAUAUUGAGGAACAAGAAAGAGGCCCAGGACCCCAAAGAUGAGAUCGCAGUGCUGGCCUUCCUGGUGCAGGCUGGAUCUGAGAAUGAUGGCUUCCAGCCCCUGGUGGAGGCGCUGGCUGAUAUCCCCAAACCUGACAUGAGGACCACAAUAAAGAAGAGCAGCAGCCUUCUGGACCUGCUCCCCAAGGAGGAGAAACUGAGGCACUAUUUCCGCUACCUGGGCUCGCUCACCACGCCGGGCUGCGAUGAGAAGGUCGUCUGGACUGUGUUCAUGGAGCCCAUUCAGCUUGACAAAGACCAGAUCCUGGCAUUCUCCCAGAAGCUGUACUACGACAAGGCCCAGAAACUGAGGAUGACGGACAAUGUCAGGCCCCUGCAGCGCCCGAGCCAUCGCCAGGUGUUCAAGUCCCAGGCCGCGGGACCACUGUUGCCCUUGGCACUGCCUGCCCUGCUGGCCGCCACGCUCUCCCUGAUGGCCGGCUUCCUCCACUGAGGACUCAUUUCUGGACACUUGACCUCUGAUCCUAGCCUUUCAAGGGCUUGGGCCUCUGUUCCUCAUUUCUUGGCAUAGACUUUGGGGAUGAUUAAAAUAUGGUUAUAUUUUUGGAGAAACCUUUCUCAGGCCUGUUUUCAGUUUCUUGCAAGUACUGCUGCCCUGUUCCCCUUGCCAUCCUUGU